AAUAUAUUUAAAAAUGAAAAGCGUUGGACAACGCCAGCACGUCGCAUAUACGAGAAGUCCCUUUACUAAUUACUAAAGCAGAAACACAGUCAAUCAUUGUGACAAACAUUUGUCCGGCAAUGUCGUCGUCGCCCACCUCCAGCACCUUUACUUCCGGCGACGGCGACGCCUUCGACCACCUUGACACCCCCACCCUCGACGCCCAAUCGUCCACCCUCCUCCACUCCAUCUCCGAGCACGGAGGCUACGCCUACGUCCGCAUGGCCACUCUCGCCGCCGCUGGCGACUUCCGAGCCGCUGAGGCGGCUCGUGAGAUGGCGUGGGAGCAGCUUCACUCCGGGCCCUGGCACUCGGUCUUGCCCGUCUGGCGAGACGCCUACUCAAUGGCGUGCCUCCAAGUGGCGAAUCUCCAUUUCGCCGGCAGUGACUACAGGGAGGCACUUAGGGUUUUGGAUAUGGGCCUUAUAAUGGGUGGUUCUCUCCUCAGGAAGGAUUUGGACUCUGCGGUCGAUAAGGUUUCUGCUAAGGCCAGGAGGGAUGAGGUUGUUUCCAAUUCAGAUAGUCAACUAGUUCGUGGCGAGAUCGACAAGGCGGAGAUGCUUCGAGUUUUGCCUGAAAGGUCCCUUUCCUGUAAGAUGGUUGUGAAGAGGUCUGCUCUAUCGUUGGAGGGAUUUCUUCGUGAAUAUUUCUUAUGCUGUUCCCCUGUCAUAAUAACCGACUGUAUGGCUCACUGGCCAGCCAGAUCAAAGUGGAAUGACAUGAAUUAUCUUAGAAGGAUUGCUGGUGACCGUACCGUGCCAGUUGAGGUUGGGAAGAACUAUUUAUGCUCUGAGUGGAAGCAGGAGCUUAUCACGUUUUCCCAGUUUCUUGAGAGGAUUCAGGCCACUGACUCUUCUGCUGUUCCAACAUAUCUUGCUCAGCAUCCCCUGUUUGAUCAGAUAAAUGAGCUACGGAAGGACAUAUGUGUUCCUGACUAUUGUUUUGCUGGUGGUGGGGAGUUGAGGCCUCUAAAUGCUUGGUUUGGUCCAGCAGGGACAGUGACUCCGUUACACCAUGAUCCACACCACAAUAUACUUGCUCAGGUUGUUGGCAAAAAGUAUAUUAGGCUUUACCCUGCUUCAUAUUCAGAGGAACUUUACCCAUACAGUGAAACCAUGCUUUGCAAUUCAAGCCAGGUUGAUCUAGAUAAGAUAGACAAGAGAGAGUUUCCAAAGGUGCAAGACUUAGAAUUCGUAGACUGCAUUUUGGAGGAAGGAGAAAUGCUUUAUAUCCCACCAAAAUGGUGGCAUUAUGUGCGAUCUCUUACAACAAGUUUAUCGGUUAGCUUUUGGUGGAAUGUCUCUGAAGGUUCAACUGUUUCUUGAUCUUUCAUGGCUCUCAAUACAGGAUCAGUCCGGCCCAACUUUAUAUGUGGCCUUAGGUGGGGGGAAAAAAAAUGACUUUUGAUUAAAUAUAUUUUAUUAUAAAUAUAAUGUUAAUUGAUGUAUGUUCGCUUGCAAUAUAUCUCUUUACAAUAUAUUCCUUUUUUUUUCUUUCUUUUUUUGUUUUGCUUGGAAAAAGUAAGGAGGUUUGACGGCCUUAGGUGAGGGGGAAAAAAAAGACUUUUGAUUAAAUAGUAUUUUAUUAUAAAUAUAAUAUUAAUUGAUGUA